AUGGCUCCUGCUAUUGUAGAGGAGCCACAGCCGCCCGCAUCGAAAGCUUCCUUAGCUGCGGUGACAGAGAAGUACGAUGAUACACUCCGAUUUUACUUAAACGGCACGAAGGUUACUCUGGACUCGGUAGACCCAGAAGCAACGCUGUUAGAAUACCUUCGAGGGAUUGGACUUACUGGCACAAAGCUGGGGUGUGCAGAGGGCGGUUGUGGUGCCUGCACCGUGGUUGUUUCGUACCGCAAUCCGACCACCAAGAAGAUAUACCAUGCUUCAGUGAAUGCAUGUUUGGCACCGUUGGUUAGUGUCGAUGGAAAACAUGUUAUCACCGUGGAAGGGAUAGGGAGUUCGAAAAAUCCUCAUCCUGUCCAACAACGGAUAGCAGUUGGAAAUGGGAGUCAAUGUGGCUUCUGUACCCCAGGAAUAGUCAUGAGCUUAUAUGCCUUACUAAGAAACGACCCUACCCCUUCGGAGCUUGCGAUUGAAGAAGCAUUCGAUGGCAAUCUUUGCCGAUGUACUGGAUACCGGUCAAUUCUCGACUCUGCGCAGUCCUUCUCCACCCCAUCAUGUGCCAAAGCACGAGCAAACGGAGGCUCGGGGUGCUGUAAGGAGAACGGUGGAAGCUGCAAUGGUGGUGCAAAGAAUGGCGAUUGCGACGGAAUAACUCCAAAGGCUAUUACACAGUCAUUCAAUACUCCCGAGUUCAUCCCCUACAAUCCAGAAACGGAACUCAUCUUCCCGCCCCAACUACACAGACAUGAGCUGAAACCACUAAGUUUCGGGAAUAAAAGGAAACGAUGGUAUAGACCCGUAACCUUGCACCAGCUCCUGGAGAUCAAGGAUGCGUAUCCAGAGGCAAAAGUGAUAGGAGGGAGCUCCGAGACACAAAUUGAAAUCAAGUUCAAAGCCAGGCAAUACACACACUCAGUAUAUGUUGGUGACAUUCCAGAGUUGAAACAGUAUACCUUCACUGACGACUACCUUGACCUGGGGGCCAAUGUUUCACUCACAGAUCUAGAAGAGAUCUCCACAGCAUCGCCGAUUUCUGACCUCAACCCGGUAUUUGUCGCAACAGGCACGAUACUCUUUGCCAAGUCACUGAAGGAAGAGGUUCAAAUACCGAUGGACCAGUUUUUCAAAGGUUACCGAACGACGGCACUUCCUGCCAACGCUGUGGUUGCAAAGCUACGUAUCCCUAUUUCCCGGGUGAAUGGUGAGUAUCUACGAGCGUACAAGCAGGCAAAGAGGAAAGAUGACGAUAUUGCUAUUGUCAACGCUGCCUUGCGUGUAUCACUUUCUGAUUCAAACGUCGUUAUGAGUGCAAAUUUGGUAUAUGGAGGUAUGGCACCAACUACCAUACCUGCAAAGAAAGCAGAAGAGUUUAUCGUUGGAAAAAAUUGGACAGAUCCUGCGACAGUUGAAGGUGUAAUGGAUGCUCUCGGUCAAGAUUUUGAUCUUCCAUCAUCGGUGCCAGGAGGCAUGCCUACUUAUCGGAAAACUUUAGCUUUUGGUUUCUUUUACAGGUUCUACCAUGACGUUCUUUCAUCUAUCCAAGGUGUCCAGGUUCAUUGUGAAGAAAAUGCUGUCCCAGAGAUUGAACGUGGAUUAUCUUCCGGUGUUAAAGAUCACGAAGCAACGGCCGCUUAUACCCAGAAGAUUGUUGGAAAAGCAACGCCAACUGUUUCUGCACUACUGCAGACCACUGGAGAAGCUCAGUAUACUGAUGAUAUCCCGGUACAGAAGAACGAAUUAUUUGGAUGUCUUGUUCUUUCAACUAAAGCUCGAGCUAAGAUCUUAAGCAUUGACUUCACACCUGCAUUAGAUAUCCCUGGUGUGGUGGACUACGUGAGCGCCAAAGAUCUCCUCAACCCAGAGUCAAAUUGGUGGGGGGCGCCAGUCUCCGAUGAAGUAUAUUUUGCAGUCAAUGAAGUCAUCACUGACGGUCAGCCCCUUGGCAUGAUCGUUGCUACGUCUGCUAGAUUGGCUGAGGCUGGAUCUAGAGCGGUGAAAGUUGAAUAUGAAGUUCUUCCUGCCAUCCUAACUAUUGAACAGGCCAUCGAACGCAACUCAUUUUUCAAACAUAUUACGCCAGCUAUCAAGAAAGGAGAUGUCGAAGCAGCCUUUGCUUCUUCAGACUACGUCUACAGUGGCACCACUAGAAUUGGAGGCCAGGAGCAUUUCUAUCUUGAAACCCAUGCUUGUGUGGUUGUACCGAAGCCAGAAGAUGAUGAGAUUGAGGUGUUCAGUAGCACACAAAACCCUGCUGAAGUUCAAGCAUUUGUUGCCAAAGUCACCGGAGUUGCCGAAAAUAAAGUUGUUUGUCGAGUUAAACGACUAGGUGGAGGAUUUGGCGGAAAGGAAUCCAGAUCCGUGCAGAUUGCUAGUAUCUGUGCUCUUGCUGCGAAGAAGACUAAGAAACCUGUCCGCUGCAUGCUUAACCGCGACGAAGAUAUUGCUACCACCGGGCAACGCCAUCCAUUCUUGUGCCACUGGAAAGUUGGUGUGAACAAGGAUGGUAAACUCCAAGCACUUGAUGCGGACGUCUACGCCAACGGUGGCCAUUCACAGGACCUUUCACUUGGUGUUGUUCAACGGGCCCUUUCCCAUAUUGAUGGAGUUUAUAAAAUACCCAACGUUCACGUCCGUGGAUACCUUUGUCGUACAAACACCGUUUCAAACACCGCCUUCAGAGGCUUUGGAGGGCCUCAGGGUAUGUUCUUUGCUGAAAGUUUUGUCUCGGAGAUUGCAGAUCAUCUGAAGAUACCCGUGGAGAAGCUGAGGGAGAUCAAUAUGUACAAGGACCACGAGGAAACUCAUUUCAAUCAGGCACUUACUGAUUGGCAUGUACCGCUGAUGUACAAGCAGGUCCUCGAGGAAUCAAACUACUAUGCUCGUCAAAAGGCUGUGGAGGAGUAUAAUAGAACUCACAAAUGGUCAAAGAGGGGAAUUGCCAUAAUACCUACCAAAUUUGGUUUAUCGUUCACGGCCCUGUUCCUGAAUCAAGCCGGUGCAUUGGUACAUAUAUACCGUGACGGUAGCAUCCUUUUGGCUCACGGUGGUACUGAAAUGGGUCAGGGGUUGCAUACUAAGAUGGUCAUGAUUGCUGCCGAGGCCCUCAAGGUCCCUCAAUCUAGUGUCUUUAUCUCCGAAACAGCCACUAACACUGUGGCUAAUACAUCUCCCACUGCUGCUUCAGCAAGCUCCGAUCUUAAUGGCUAUGCAAUUUUCAAUGCAUGUGAACAACUCAAUCAACGUCUACGUCCAUAUCGAGAAGCGAACCCCAACGCUACUAUGAAGGAGCUGGCAACGGCAGCAUACUUUGACCGUGUGAAUCUUUCAGCGCAGGGAUUUUACAAAACUCCUGAGAUUGGGUAUAAAUGGGGUGAGAACACAGGAAAGAUGCUCUAUUACUUCACGCAGGGUGUUACUGCUGCAGAAGUCGAAAUAGAUACGUUGACGGGAGAUUGGACCCCCUUACGUGCUGACAUUAAAAUGGAUGUCGGUCAAAGUAUUAAUCCCUCGAUUGACUAUGGCCAGAUAUAA